AUGCCAGCUGCAUUCUACAGUUCUUCCCAACCUCUCGAACAAGUACCAGGUUGGAAACCAACGAACUAUGAUAAGAUGGGAUUCGAGGCUAUAGACCCAAACAGUCCUGAAUACACACUGGACGGGAAUCAUCAAGACACUCAGCUCAUACCCACACAUGUUAUUUUCCCCUACAACGCACUAAUGCCUACACGUGAACAUUUCCUGCGAAUGACGGAAGUGGUCGUGAGGUUUCAUAAUCUGGGUGAUAGGAGUAUCGCAGCGGCAACCACAGGAUGCUGGUCGGAAGCUCAUGGGGUUCUUAUUUUUCGCCAUUACUUACACAUCUCGAUGUAUCACAAAGAGAUCAACUGGCGAUAUUUUCGGGGUUUGGUUCCUAGGACUAUUGUGGGUCUCUAUCGUUGGAAUCGUAAAGGGACUACGGAGCCCACGAGCAAUAGAUCAAGGGCGAGUUCACAUGCCAUUAUAUUGGAAAAUGUAAAAGAGACUUUUUAUACGCUUGGAUACAAAUGUAAACACGAAACAGUCGACAUCAGAACAGAGUCCGGCCAACCAUAG